AUGAAAAAUGUUCCUGAACAACUGCGGCAGUUCUUUGAUAUUGAGGCAGAGGUGGACAGGGAGGACUUCGACAGCGACGAUGAGGAGGAUGGCCUCCACGAUGACUUCAUUGAUGACAAGGAGCUGACUGUGUGCGAGCUGACUGUUCCAUAUCCAUCAUGGAACGACCUUCAAAACGGAGACGAAAUCAACGAUGUCCUGGCUGGAAUCAUGGUGCGAUCACGGUCCUAUGUGGCGACUGCACCAACUCACGUCGAAUCCAGCAACGACCUCACCUACAUUGCAGGCAGAUUACUGAGCACUGAAGACUAUCCGCUUUGGCGUGUUGGCUGCAGGCUGGGUCUCGAGGAGGAAGCCAUGUUUUUGCUCCUGCUGAAAGCAAGGGAAGAGCACCAAAUCUGUUCUGCAUUCACAUGUGGGUCACUACGAGGUUGGGUCUACCUGGAGGCCCUCAUGAAUCCAGAUCUCAUCCGCCUCCUCAAGCGGACACCCAGAAUCAUUCGCACCAAACAGGGCAUUGUACGGCACAGAAUCGAACCCUCAGAUUGGCUGCAAAUGUUGACGAUGACAAACCCUGACACUUCCAUGGAAGUGAACCAGUGGGUCCAAGUCCUCAAGGGAACCUACAGAGGUGACGUUGGCCUUGUUGUUAAAGUAGAAAGUUGGGGAGUAGAAGUGCUCCUGGUUCCCCAUCUGGUGGCGCCCAAUAUGGAGCCUUCAUUGAAGCAAAAACGAUCUGUUGUUCCCCCCAAACCAGCUUUAUUUGAACCCAAUGUCAUCAAGUACAUCUACAAUAUUAGUCCCAUCCAACAAUCUGAUGGAUCAUAUACCUUCCAUGGACUUCAUUUCGAACACGGACUCCUGUGGAAAUGUUACGACUUUCACUCGCUCACCUCUGCUGUCAACAUGCCAUCCUACUUCUUCCUUCUGUUUCAAGCCAGUGACCACCCCAGCCUUCACGCAUCCAGAUUUCCUCCCCCUCGAGAAUGGAUCUUUGAACAAGGUGAAUGUGUUAUCAUCUGUUCUUCAGGCAAAAGCGAUGUAGUGGCUGUUGUUGGAACCAAGGACUUGGAAGUGGAUCUCAGAGCAGAAAACGGUACAGAAAUUUUUCCCUGGCUCGAUAUCCGGAAGGAUGGUGGGUCAACAAGAGACCAUCCCAGCAGUUCCCUCAAGGAAUUCAAAGUCCAUAUGAAUUGGCUGAAAGUUACCACUGCCCCGUUCCUCCUUGCAUUGCAUGCACCCAGCCAAAUCCUCCCACUUUUCAAAGACCAAGUGCCGCAGAUCGGUACCUCUGUCACUAUAUUCAGAAUUGGUCAUCCUUACAAGGGACAUUCUGGCGUUGUCAAGAAUGUUCUCUGCGGCCAACCGACAGAUAGCGGGCUGAGAAUUGAGAUGCAACUCACCUGCCUGGAUCCCUCCAAGCCUUUCCCACUCAUCAUCGUUGACUAUGGUGAUGUUAUUGAAGCAACCAUGCUCUUCAAGCCGAAUAAUUACAAGCCAUGGCCUGCGCUGUCGCAGGUGACAACCUCUGGCAGGCCAACUCCUGUGUCUGCAACACCUGCUUGGAGUCCGUCUUCGCAACCCAUUUCAUCGACACCUGCCUGGGAUCCUUCAUCGCGAAUGCCGAUUUCUUCCCCCAUGUCACCCAUCGCCACCACCAGCAGUACCGCCCUGCCGCAACAAGAAUUGCCUCAGCAUUUGCUUUUGGACCCACACCUGGUUGGCACAACUCUAAAGGUUAUUGUAAACAGUGGUAGCUACAGCGAGAAGGAGCUUUCUGUCACCAUCGACGAGGUCAACGGACGGGUCAGCAUCUGCCAUGUUGUAUAUAACAAAUCGACUGGCCUUCCUCCUGAGUGGGUCUCCCUGAAACAUCUGAAUGCGACACGUGAUAAUGGACUUCUUGUUGUCAUCAAAGGUGAACACUGCAGCAAAUACAUUUGA